GUGGAAUCUCAAAUUAAAAUGUUGAAGGAAAAAGCUAUGACAAAUGGUACUACACACCCUGAUUCAACAAAUAAUAAUAACAGGAAAAAUGAAGAAAUAUUGUAUGAUCCAAUGAUCUGCAAGUCAGUAGCUGACAGUUUAGGUGGUAGAAUCAAGCUAAUUAUAAGUGGUGCAGCACCUAUUUCUGAUCACAUUCUGAAGUUUUAUCUGGCUGUUUGUAAUUGUGAGGUCAUGGAAGUGUAUGGACAAACAGAAUGCGGUGGUCCAAGUAACGCAAAUAUACUGACACCAGAAACAGUUGGUGAGUUGUCCACAAUUAUGAUUUUUUAUGUUAAAAU